CUUUUUAAGUCUCUUGAGCAUGAUGAUGAUUAUAAGCCCAUCUGUUGCAUGCAAUUGAAUCCGAUCAAAUAAAACUUAGAAUCAUGUUAUCCUCCAAUUCCAAUUCCAAUUCCAAUACCAAUACCAAUAAUCUAUUGUUUGUUAUAUGGUCUGUCUCACUCUUUUACUAUGCUACUAAUAUUAUUUUUACUAUCUCUAUACCUUAUGUGGUGGCAGGGUCCACAUCAUCGGCAUCGUCAAGAGAAUUGGAACUAGAAGCUCUGCAUAAUAGUGGGUGGUGGUUAAACACGUCAGAUGAUCAUUGUAAAUGGACUGGUAUAGUUUGCGAUGAGGCUGGAAGUGUCAUCCAGAUUAACCUACCUCACUGGAAUACAUUGGAAGAUAAAUUGGGGGAAUUUAACUUCUCUUCCUUCCCAAACCUGGUCCGACUUGACCUCAGCUGCAAUAUGUUGUAUAAUUAUACACUCUCUGAGUCGAGUGUGCCAGAUCAAAUAGGUACACUUUUAAAACUCAAGUACCUCAAUUUGUCCUCUAAUCAUCUUUAUGGCAAGCUACCUCUUUGGCUGACUAAUCUGACUGAAUUAGUAGAGCUUGACAUUUCUCGGAACGAUAUUAUAUAUGGUUCCAUCCCUCCAGAAAUAGGGAAUCUAAAGAAUUUGAUUUAUCUUGACCUCAGUCACAACCGUCUCCAAGGAACAAUCCCAACGGCUCUUGCCCACUUACCCAAUCUGAUUGAGAUAAACCUUGGUCACAACCAACUCAAUGGUUCCGUACCUGAUGGUAUCGGGAAUAUGAAAGGCUUGAUUGCACUAGACCUUUCCUAUAACAACAUACAGGGUUCCCUACCUCAACACCUUACCAAAUUAUCUGAACUCACAUAUCUCAACAUUUCCUUCAACCAACUCACUGGCUCCAUACCAAUCCCAACUCAUAUUAGGAAUUGGGCUAAUUUGAAACACUUGAAAUUGUGGGGCAACAGCUUGAAUGGCAGCAUUCCGCCUCAGAUAGCUAAGCUUCCUUCGCUAUCAGACCUAGAUCUCUCAGCCAAUAACUUCUCUGGCAUCAUUCCAUUUCCCCCAUCUCUUACAUGCAAAAUAUCCAUCCGCUUGGGUGGCAAUCAUUUUCUUGAGAAUAUUGAUUCAUGGUAUGAAAAAUCUUCUUCUGUUUCUUGCCAUCCAUCAUCUUUCAAGAAAAUAAUUGCAAUUUUUCUUCCAAUUGCAAUUUUCAUUGUCUCCAUAAUUCUAGGAUAUUUUUACUACUCAAAACGCAAGGUUAAGAAAACCCAGUCUCAGUCCAGAGUAACAAAGCAUGGAGAUUUGUUCUCGAUAUGGAAUUAUGACGGGACAAUUGCAUUCGAAGAUAUAAUCAAAGCAACGGAGGACUUUGACAUCAGAUACUGCAUUGGGACCGGAGGAUAUGGGAGUGUUUACAGAGCACAACUGCCCAGUGGGAAAGUAGUUGCCUUGAAGAAACUCCAUCGCCUGGAAGGCGAAGUGCCAGCUUACGAUAAAAGUUUCAGGAACGAAGCACACUUUCUAUCACAAAUACGACAUCGGAACAUUGUGAAACUCUAUGGGUUUUGUCUACACAAGCAAUGCAUGUUCCUGGUGUAUGAGUACAUGGAGAGGGGAAGCCUUUUUUUGGUCUUGACAAGUGAAGUGGAAGCUAUGGAGUUGGAAUGGACUCAAAGGGUGAAUGUAGUGAAAGGCAUUGCCCAUGCUUUGUCUUACAUGCACCAUGAUUGCACUCCACCCAUUCUUCACCGUGACAUUUCGAGCAACAACAUUCUAUUAGAUUCAGAAUCCAAAGCUUGUGUGGCUGACUUUGGCACUGCUAGAUUGCUGGAUCCUGAUUCGUCUAAUCAUACCGUGAUAGUAGGCACUUAUGGAUAUGUUGCUCCAGAACUUGCCUUCACCAUGGUUGUGACUGAAAAAUGUGAUGUUUAUAGCUUCGGAGUUGUGGCACUAGAAACACUCAUGGGAAGGCAUCCAGGAGAACUUCUCCAAUCAUUAGCAUCAACAUCAACUCAAAAUAUAAUGUUAAAUGAUGUGUUAGACGCACGCCUCCAAGCUCCAGCACGCGGAGUGGUUGCACGGGAUGUUGUUCUGGUUGCUACAUUGGCAUUUGCUUGCUUACAUCCUGAACCAAAGUCUCGGCCGACAAUGCUACGCAUCUCUCAGGAGUUUCUCGCUAGCAGGUACUCACUUGCUAAACCACUGCAAAAAAUCUCACUGUCAGAGCUAAUGAAUCCAGAUACAUAUUUCAUCAAUUAAUCCUGUAAUCUUUGUAUUAGUCACUGCAAAAUACAAAGUGAUAGGGUUAAUUUCUUGCUUGCUGGAUUUGACUUUAUGCAUUCCUAUUACGGCAUCUAAUAAAUCAAGAUGUUCAUCUGUUCAAUUGAUACAUUAAAUUUGUGAAUGUCUCAAGAUGUUUUGUGCCAUCCUAAUGUGUGUGUGAGAGAGAGAUGGGAGGCUUCACGUGGGGAGUAAAGGACAGAAACAUUGCAUCUCAAAUAAAAGACAAUGGCUUUGUUUAUUGAGCAACUGAAAAUGUUGUUUUGGUGGAAAUCACUCUUAUGUCACUCCGUAAUGACAUUGUGAAAUCCACUAGUAGUUUGGUUUUUAUCCUUGCCUUAUCAACUAUAUAUAUAUAUAUAUAUAUAUAUAUA